AUGUCCGGCGGCCUUCAAGGGGAGUGUAACGAUUUCAAGGUCUCGGAAGAUUGGUUUGGAAGAACAGAGAACCCCUCAGCUCCAGGAUGCGUCAAUGUCCUAAUCCAUCCAGGCAUUCGAAGUUUGGGAAAGCAACAUGUGAAGCUGCCUCGAGAUUUCGAAGCCACCCGAAGUCAUUUGAAGCAGAUGUCCGAGUUCGAUCCGAAUUGA